AUGAAGCCCUCCGGCAGUCCGCUUCUCCGCGGGGUUCACCUGAAGGGCAGACCCAGGCCCGAGGCCAGGGCCGCACACCCGGCCCCGAGUGGCCGAAACGCCUCCCCCGCCCUGCCCCACGCGCGCAUACGUGCUCACCGAGAAGGACCCGGCCUUGCUGAGGAACUUCAUGGCUCUAGCGUGUGCCCUUUGCCGCGGUCACCGCCGCUAGUAGCGAAGAAAGAUGGUGUCGGAGGACCAAGUUUCCCGGCGUGCCCUGCGAGCUUGCCCACGCCCCCUUGGCCGGGCGACUCUCUACACAUGCCUUGCUCCACUGCUCCUGGAGGCGGUACCGGUGCAGCUCCUGCAGCAGAGCAAGAUGCCCAAAGGAAAGAAGGCCAGCAGGAAGAAGGUAGCCGCAGCCCCCUCCAUUGUGAAGAGACAGAAGGCCAAAGAGGCAGGCGGCAUGUUAACAGAAGCCUUCCAUACCAGGUGCAUGGAAUCUCUUUCAAGGCAGUGAAGGUGGCAGCAAAAUGGAAGCCCUAGACACCCCCAGUGACCAACUCCCAGAAUUUCAGGUUUCUGUACCAGAGAAGAACUACACACAGUGUUCACUCAUUCCUAAACUGAACAAAUGCAUACUGGAUGUCUACAAUAUACAACACAGGAUACUAGGGUCUGCAGCUAAAA